GUUAGUGUCGGUGUCGGUGCAGGUAACCUGUUCACCAUGAGCCACCUGCACCGUGCGCGCUGCCUCUCCAUCGCCCUGCUGCUGUUUCUGCUCCCAGCUCACGGUCCGGAGCUCGCGGUGGCGGCGGAAUACUCCUCCAAAACCGACUUGGACUACGAGUUUGGGGACUACCGGGGAAAGUGGUGCAUCGACGACCACGGGUUUGUUUACGGAAUCGGAGAGGUUUAUUACCCGAGCCCCACAGCGUGUCCGUGCACGUGCACCGUGGACGGUCCCGUGUGCGUCCGACCCAAGUGUCCACGCAUCCACCCCCGGUGCACGCGGAUCAGAUACAGGGCAUGUUGUCCGGUGUGCGAGGCUGUGGCCAGGGUCUGUGUCUACGGGGGCAAAACGUACCGGCUCCUGGAGGAGUUCAGGCUGUCAAGGUGUGAGCGAUGUCGCUGCGAGGCCAAUAGAGAGGUGUACUGCAGCAUUUCGGACUGCCCUGCCCCUCACUGUGUCAACCCCACCUAUGAACCCAACCACUGCUGCCCCAUCUGUAAGACUGAUCUCUACAGAAAUACAUUCCAUUACAUCAUCAGUUGUGGUUGGCAUGUUCUCUACCACCUUAUGGAAGGCCGUCACCUGAUGCUCAAGGGACUCCAAGUCAGACUCGGUCCAAACUGCUUUGCUGGGAACAGGGUGAUUCCAGCGGGGGAGCGUGUCAACAUUGACGAGCAGACAGUAUGCUACUGCACCUACCGGGAUGGGACGUGGCACACCCAUCCCCAGGCCACCUGUGAACGGCGCCCCCAGCCCAGCCCAACACCCAGCACCCACACCAAGCCCCCUGAUGACAAGGAUUUUAGCGGGAAAGCAGGGAGGCCGUUUAUUCCCAGACUAGAUGUGAUACCAUGAAGUGGAGUGUAAAAUAACAAUUUCAUAGAGACAAAGCCAGUCAGCUGGUACAAAUAAACUACUAACUAAAAGUUGUAUGUAUUAGUAUCAGAAUAUCUAAAUUUAUAUAUAUAAUUGCCUGAAAAAAUGUGGGAUAAUCUGUAGGGUUGUUGGUAUUGGAGGUGAAAUUAGCAACAUCCUAAGAAAAAAAAGACUUUCUAUUUUUUCCAUUUUCAUAUUCGCACAUUUUCCAUUUUAAUUCACUUAUUCAAUUGUCCCAUAUUUAAAUACAGUGGCAGAUUUACCAUUAGUAUUCUGAAUCAUUUUUAAAUAAUUGCUCUUUGAUUUCAGUAGAUAAAAGUACGCUUCUCAUUUCCAUCAAUUUUGCCACCAUAGACCUUUUUUAAGGCAGACAUUUUGACAUGUCAUCACUGGUGUAAUUUUAAAGUGAAAUUUUGUUCAUAGCUUUAGUUAGUAUUGUUGAGUCGACUUGAUUGAUGUCUAAUUGCGGGGCUAAUAUGAAAGUCUUUCUGACAUUAGUUUCACUACCGAUAUAGUUCCAAUGGCUCCUUGUUUAAGUAUGCUGAUGACAUGGCCAUAGUUGGUGUUUUACAGAAAACACAUUCAAUCAAUCAAUUUCAAUCAAUCAAUUUUAUUUAUAAAGCCCAAUAUCACAAAUCACAAUUUGCCUCAGAGGGCUUUACAGCAUAUAACAUCCCUCUAUCCUUUGGACCCUCGCAGCGGAUAAGGAAAAACUCCCCAAAAAACCCAUCAGGUGAAGCUGCCUAUCUGGCCCACAUUAAGGCCCUUCAAGCAUGGUGUUGCACAAGUGAGGUAGAAAUUAACGUGGCCAAGAUUAAAGUAUUAAUUAUUUGCAUAAAUCAAGAUCUGAACACAGAGGCAGUUUGUCUUGAUGGCCAACAUGUUGAAACUGUAGAAAACUUUAAAUACCUUGGUACACUUCAGGUGAGCUUCUCUGGAAAUACUGAGUGUAGUUUCAAGAAAUGCUCACAGCAAUUUCUAAGGAAACUUAGUGGCCUCAGUGUUAGACAGCAGAUUUGAGAACUAGUGUACAAAACUAAGGUUGAGUGUUUCAACUUUUUACCUUUCUGCCUAGUAUGGUCACCAGAACUGCACAUCUAAGAAUAAACUCUUUAGGGUUGUGUCAAUGGCAGGCAAAAUAGCUGCCGAGCCACAAAAGCCCUUGACCCAAUUCUUUGCAAAAAAAAAAAAAGAGGAUUAGGUAGUAGUAUCUUAGCAGUUAGCUCUCAUCCUCUCUUCAGCCAGUUUAAGCUUGUGAGCUCCAGGAGUCGCUAUAGAGUCCCUCCGGCAACUAAAAAUGUAGUCAAGAUGUCCUUUAUCUCAAAUGGCAUCAACAUUCUUCAUUCAACAAGUGACUGAUGAAUUUUAAACCACAGACAGACACUGACAUGAACUCAUUUAAUGUGUAAAGUAAUGUCCUUGUCUAUAUGUCUGUUUUACUUAUUGCUUGCCUUUUUUUUUCUUAAGUUUCUCUCCUGAGUCUGGUGGGCCAAGGACAGAAUUUCCACCUUGACGUAUGAUGAAGAUGUAUUCUAUUCUAUUAUAUGAAAAGAAAAAAAAAAAGUUUCAAGCAAAUUAAGUUACCGUUAAGUUUGCCCCAGUUUGCAGUUGGACAUUGACACACCCACAAAACCUAUAACAAGAGCUCUUGUGCUGCAUGUAAAUUAUUAAAUACUUCUCAGUCUAUUAUGGACAUAUUUACAGCCAGCAGAUGUGUCAAAAUGUGACUUUUCACAGGCUGUGUCAAAUUAUGGACAUAGCUUCCAUGAUGUCACAUACUUGUUUGUGGACUCCUGUUUGAAGCAUUGAUUUUAGCAUCUUGGCCAUCACCAUCUUUAGCUGGAAUCAACCAUAUUUGGAUGAGGAAGUGGAGGUGUGGAGGAGUGAGGAGUGAAUCUGACUGAGAACUGCUGGGAACAAGAGGUGAGGCCCCACAGACAGCCUUUCACUCAAAGCUACCACACCCUUAAUUAUGCCUAACUGUAA